ACUAUCAGUGAUCAGUUCAGUUUUUCUUCUUCGGUUUCCGUUUAUUACCGAUAAAAUAUUUUGAUGCAUUCAGUUUUCUUUGAUCUGCUAAAUUUUUGCUGCAUUAGUGUGAACCGCGGUUGAACAAAACGUGUGUAACUCAGUAACUGAACACAUUUUUCUCAACGAACAUGGUGGAACUGCACGAAGUGUCGGAGCCAACCGAUGGCAUCGUUCUGACACAGAACAAUGUGGCGGCCAAGAAUCGACAGCGGAAUUUCGGGACCGGCCGAUUAUUUAUCACCGAACAAUGCGUCUGCUGGAUUGCGGAUCCAUCCGCGGUGGGGAGCUCCGCGGGAAGCGCGCUGGAGGGUUCCUCGUCGCUCACGGGCUUCACGCUGUCCUACUACGAGAUCUCCCUGCACGCCAUCAGUAAGGAUCCCGGCUCGUUCCCCGAGGAAUGCAUCUACAUGCUGUUGGACGGUGUGGAGGGUGCGGACCCUGCGACGCACAGCGAUAUGGAUGGGAACGAUGACGAGGCGAUGGACGAGGAUGCGGAUGUGCACAUCGAGACUUCGAGUGAUGUGAAGGAGCUGUGCUUUGUUCCCGAAGAUAAAUCGACAUUGGAGGCUAUCUUCAACGCCAUGUCCACAUGUCAAGCCCUCCAUCCGGACGCGGAAGACGAGCAGUCGGACGAUGAAGGCGAGGCGGAUGAUGAUGAUGAAGCAGCCGCCGUGGAGCAGGGCGCCGGGGGUCUCCUCAACGCGGUGGUGCAUGAUGAAGAGUUCGAGGAUGAUGAGCCGGAAGACGGUAGCGGGGAUGCGCCGACGGCCAAUGGCGAGCAUUCCCUUAAUGCGCACCAUCGUGGAGAUGGUGACACGUAGCAGGCGGACCUGGUUCUCCUUGCCAACGUCAAUGCACGUUCCUUUCUCAAGUUAUUACACGAUUGCACUUUCCGAAUGGAGGCUUCGGUGUGGUCGGCCCACAUCCGCAACCUCUUGUCGGGUAGUUGUCUUUUGUCGGAAGAGGUGAUGGGAAAUUGUUGUUUACAAAAUAUGUCUGCACGACGUGAUGCGGAAGCUGUGAGAUCGAAUGAUAAGAAAACUAACUGAAGAUUGAAGAUAUCCUCAUGAUGUUGUUUUUAAAGGUUAACCACAAUACGAGUACAGAUUGUACAACGCGUGCUGUCUGGCAUGAUGUGUUUUAAAGGGUUUAUCGGCAAACAGGGAUUCUGCUGUAACGGAAUGAUUGAGUGUCGUAGAGCAUUUACCAGUAUUACCUAUUAAUGUAUCUGUACUUUGAAUAACCCAGUAGACACAUUUCUGUUUAUUUUAUUUAUGUGUGCACAGAUAGAUUCUGUUCUGUAAUUAUACUGGGUGCGUCAUCUCGAUCUGAAAAUGAGAGCCUGAUCAUUUAUGUUGGAUGGUUUGAAAAAAUUGGUUACCAAUCAUCAUGCU